CUCAGUAUGGCCACAGACUGCAAAUGUGAAAGUAAAAGUAAAACUGCGCCGACAACAAUUGGAACAGCUGCGCUUUCUCAGAAAUCAUCCGUUUAACAUCAACCCAAUUCAAUCUGGGCGGACACAGGAAACUCCUAACUUACAUGCAAACAGAAACCGUUAAAGAAUCAUGUCUCAAGCAAGAAUGAUCCAUCGGCCCAUAUGUUUGGUAAAGAACGUGUGUGGAUCUCUCGAAGUUUGUAAAGACGCCAUCGAGGUUUUAAAUGGGAUCAACGAGCCGGUGGUCGUGAUAUCUAUUGUAGGACUCUAUCGUACUGGAAAGUCUUAUCUAAUGAACCGUCUAGCAGGACAACAGACAGGGUUUGCUCUUGGUAACACUAUUGAGUCAAAGACCAAAGGCAUUUGGAUGUGUUGUGUCCCACACCCAUCUGAAGCAGGGCGUACUCUGGUGCUGCUGGACACAGAGGGACUGGGUGAUAUAGACAAGGGAGACUCUCAGAAUGACGGCUGGAUCUUCUGUCUGGCGGUUUUGCUCAGCAGCACUCUUGUGUACAACAGCAGAGGAACCAUUGAUAAUGUUGCAGUUGAACAGCUGCACUAUGUUACUGAGCUCACCGAGCAGAUCAAGAUCAGGUCACCAUCAUCUCAAGAAGGAGCAGAUGAAGAGGAGGAAGAAGAUUCUCAGUUUGUGUGCUUUUUCCCAUCAUUCGUCUGGGUUGUGAGAGAUUUCACCUUGGGUUUAGAAAUUGAUGGAAAGAAAGUGACAGAAGACGAAUACCUCGACUUUGCCCUUCAGCUGAAGAAAGGUGUGAAUAAGAAAACCAGUGACUACAACCUGCCUCGUCAAUGUAUCCGGAGUUAUUUCCCUUCCCGGAAGUGUUUUGUGUUCCCAUCUCCGGCCUCACCUGAAAACAUGGGGCGUUUAGAGAGCCUUCAAGAGCAGGACCUUGUGCCAGGUUUUUUAGAGGCCACGGGUCAUUUCUGUAAAUACAUCUUUGUCAGAAGUGCUGUGAAAACACUGAAAGGGGGCCACAGGGUUACUGGGAAAUUGCUUGGUCAACUGGCUCAGAUUUAUGUAAAUACAAUCAGCAGUGGACAGGUGCCCUGUCUGGAAAAUGCAGUGCUUGCUCUUGCAAAUCUGGAGAACCAGGCAGCUGUUGAAGAAGCUUUACAAGUGUAUAAGAAUGGGAUGGAAAAAGUGAAGAGCAAGUUCCCUGUAACUGUGAAUGACUUUACCUCUGAGCAUCAGAAGAUGAGCAAUCUGGCAACCUCCGAGUUCAUGAAACGCUCCUUUAAAGACGAUAAAGGAGAAUACCUGAAGAAACUAGUGGAAGCUAUAGAUAUGCACUAUGUAGACCUGAUGGAUGAGAAUGAGAUGGCAUCAGAGAAGAAGUGCAGAGAGCUGUUAAACGAAUUGUCUUCUAACAUAAGUGAACGAUUGAAGAAUGGAGCAUACAGUCAACCUGGAGGAUAUGAAGACUAUUGCAGAGACAGAGACGACAUUAUUGCACAGUACCGCAAAGAACCAAACAAAGGAGUCAGGGCUGAAGCUGUGCUGAAUGAGUUUUUGACUCAAAGAGGACCUGAGGCAAACGCCAUCCUUCACGCUGAUAAAAAGCUCACUGAAAAUGACAAAAAAAUCCAGGAGGAAAAGGUGAAGGCGUCUCUACUGGAACAGAAGUGUAAAGAGGAAGAGGAGAAACGCAUCGAGAGUGAGCGAAUGUUUGAGACGGAGCAAGAGCGCCAGGAGGACAGAAUUAAACAGAUGGAGGAGAAGUUCAACAAGGAGAGGGAGCAACAGCAAGAGGAGAUGGACAGAGCUCUGGAAAGCAAACUAAAGGAGCGGGAAGCAUACCUGAACAAAGGCUUUAGGGAGAAAGCUGAACUUCUUGAGGAAGAAAUCAAAAGUCUAAAGAAACAACAACAGGAAGAAAAAAGCGGUGGUUGGUUUAAGGAAUGUGUGAUGCCUCUUGUUAACACUUUUGCAGGCAUCCUUCCUAAUUUACUUCAACACAGACUGAUGAUGAAAAAACUCACCAAAUAAUAAAUAACUUUGUGGGGUUAAUAUGCUUGAAAACGUCUUCUGUAAGUUUUUCUAAACUGGGAAAAUUUCCAAUACUGCUGUUUGGAAAAACUGUAAACUUUAUUUGUUCAGUUUUAUUUUCUGGAUGCACAUACAAAAUAAAUGUAUAAUGUUACUGACUAAAAUAAAUGAUGCCUAUCACUCACUGA